AUGGCUUCUACUGUGCAGCACAGUGGAGUUGCCAUGGCAAUGGCUCCACAGUACUCCACAAGGGGCCGUUCCUAUGGGAUCUUCUGUAAAGGAUUGACACGGACCUUCCUCGUCUUCUUUGAACUGGCCUGGAAAUUCCACACCAACUUCUCCUACCUGUAUCUGAUCACGUCCAUGAUCUUCAACAUCAGGCUACAGGUUCAUAUUGAGAUCCAUUAA